AUGGCGCACACAUCCCUUUUCACUCCCUCUUCCUCUCUCAGAUUCAACCCUCUUCUUCUGUCCUCCACUCCCUCUUCUUCUUCUCUUUCCAACAACCUUUCUUUUCCUACCCUCUCCAGGAAACUAAGGAAAUCAGUAGAAGUUAGAAAGAUUAAUAAAAAUUCUUCUGUGAAGGCAGUGGAUGGUGAUGAAUUUUGGACACCUGAGAGGAGUUCACGUCAGGAUAUUUGGUCCAUAAGGAGUGAUUUGCAAGUCCCAUCUUCCCCUUAUUUCCCUGCCUAUGCACAAGGACAAGGGCCACCCCCCAUGGUGCAGGAGCGUUUCCAGAGCGUUAUAAGUCAGCUUUUCCAAUAUAGAAUAAUCCGUUGUGGUGGAGCUGUUGAUGACGAUAUGGCAAAUAUCAUAGUUGCGCAGCUUCUGUACCUUGAUGCUGUUGAUCCUACCAAGGAUAUUGUCAUGUAUGUAAAUUCUCCAGGUGGCUCGGUUACAGCUGGUAUGGCAAUAUUUGAUACAAUGAGGCACAUUCGACCUGACGUGUCUACUGUUUGUGUUGGAUUAGCGGCUAGUAUGGGAGCUUUUCUGCUUAGCGCAGGGACCAUUGGGAAGAGAUACAGUUUGCCAAAUUCAAGGAUAAUGAUACAUCAACCGCUUGGUGGUGCUCAAGGAGGGCAAACUGACAUAGAUAUUCAGGCUAAUGAAAUGCUGCAUCACAAGGCAAACCUGAAUGGAUAUCUCUCUUAUCACACUGGCCAAAGUUUAGAGAAGAUCAACCAGGAUACAGACCGUGACUUUUUUAUGAGUGCAAAAGAAGCCAAGGAAUAUGGACUCAUAGAUGGAGUGAUUAUGAAUCCUCUCAAAGCUCUCCAGCCAUUAGAGGCUGCAGCAGAGGGUAAAGAUCGAGCUAGUGUUUGA